CCGCGUGCACCCGUCAUUGCCGGUAUGGGAGAUUUUCCCAGGUUGUGCAAUUUAGACCAUCGCAGUACACGGUGCGUGGAGGAAAAAUAUCGACUGUGGGUGUGUGACUGCGAAAUGUCUUCUUCGUGUUCAUCGACAUAAAGAUAGUCUGUAUGAAGAUGGCAGUUUCAAUGGGACCACUGAUUCAGUGGUGCAGCAGUGAACUCUCGGCUCUUCUUGGAGGGGAUGCAUCGGAAGACUUUGCCAAAUGUCUAUUGGAAAUUGAUAAUGUGAAGGACCUUGAGGAGUACUUACACCAGUUACUGGACGUGGCCGACCCCAAGGCUCAAGCCUUCAUUCGGGAACUGCUCCGUAAGAAACACUGUGCUGCUCCCCCAGACAAUGUCACAGUAUAUAAGAAGCCAGUCGAAGACAGAGACUACGCUCCGAAAGCCAGUAAAUCACAGAACAAAUCCAAAGCCAAAGACAAGAAACCUGGAGGCUUCACAAAGGUGGACCUUUCGGCCGUGAAUAGCGAGCCUCGAAUGCCUGGGGAUCCUCCCCCUUCAGCUGUUGGCCCACCCCCCACAGCCCCUCAGCAGCAGAUCUCGGAGGCCCAGGCCCACCGGCAAGGAGCCAAACGCAAGCAGAAGUACGUCUCUCUCUACAGCAAGGAGGGCGAGGCCCGCAGCGUGGUGCACCUGGCAGGGAGGCACUGGUGCGAAUGCCAGGCCCAGAAGCACGGCCUGGUGGCCAACUGCCUCAGUUGUGGCCGAGUGGUGUGUCAACAGGAAGGGUCUGGGCCCUGCCUCUUCUGUGGGAAGCUUGUGUGCACAAGGGAGGAGCAGGAGAUCCUGGCCAGGAACUCCAAGGCCAGCGAGAAGCUCCGGCAGAAGCUGAUGGGGGAAGGGAAGGAGGGCCAAGGGGGCAGUAAGGCCAGCGACGGAGACCUGUCCUUGCCUCGCGUGGCCUCCAGGCUACAGGCUGGGCUGGACAAGGCGCUCAAGCACAAGGACAAGCUGAUUGAGUAUGACAAGACCAGCGUCCGCCGCACCCAGGUCAUCGACGACGAGUCUGACUACUUCUCCACCGACUCCAACCAGUGGCUGACCUCGGAGGAGCGGGCCAAGCUGGAGCGGCGCAAGCAGGAGCUGAUGGAGCAGAAGCAUGGCUCCCGCCUCCGCAAAACCUUCACCCUGGACUUUGCCGGCCGCCGGGUGGUGGAGGACACACAGCAGGUGGACAUGUACGACGGGCAGGAUGAGGUGGUCCAGGCCGUGAACUUUGGCCGGACGGGCAAUGUCAGGGGUCACAGAGGUGCAGCGGGAGACAGCGACAUCGUCAAUCCAAAUAUCAGUCAGGCUGCACCCCGGUUUGUCCAAAGCAAGGAGGACAGAUUCUGUCCUCCCGACUCGGCUACUCUGCAGAAGUCGGAGAAGCUGUCCCUGACCAGCAAGACGAGCACCUUGCGCAUCCAGGACCGGGAGCUGAUGGAGAUGUCCGACGAGGGUUACUGCCUCAGCAUGCACCAGCCUUGGGCCUCACUGCUUGUCACGGGAGUGAAAAGACAUGAAGGCAGGACGUGGUACUCAUCCCACAGAGGCAGGCUAUGGAUUGCUGCAGCCUCCCACAAAGCAACUCCUGAAGAAAUAGCAGAAGUUGAGAACACUCAUCGGUCAUUUCAUCAAGAUGAUGAGGAUGUAACAUUCCCCAAGGAAUAUCCCACCGCCUGCUUGCUGGGCUGCGUGGAUAUGGUGGACUGCCUGUCACAGGAACAGUAUCAAGAACAGUAUCCCCAUGGCGACAGCCCAUCACCCUAUGUAUUUAUCUGCGAGAACCCCCAAGAACUUGUGGUCAGGUUCCCGAUCAAAGGAAAGCAUAAGAUAUGGAAACUGGACGGGCAAAUACUCAAGGCGGCAAAGAAGGGACUCCGCAAACCCACAGGGCACUGACAUCAACCACUGCCCCUCCCCCCUUCCUAACACAUUUCCACCCCUUUGAUGUGCAAUAGUACGGGUGCUUGGAGUAUCUUGCCACAUGAAAUAUGGCACAUAUUGGCGGUACCAUUACCUUGGUGGGGGUUAUCAGGUCAUGCCUCAGUCAAACUAAUUCAGGGAAAAUAAUUCGUCAUGUGCCCGGCAAAUGGUCAUAAGCGCACUUGCACGCUUUUGCUGGGAAGCAUGAUCACAGCAGAAAAAGUGUUCACUACAAAAGUGGCGUAAGAAACACACUCCAUUUAAUAAAAACGGAUAAAAUUUACUACAAAAUCAACACAGGUUGUACAAACAACAACCUUUGAACAAAUUGUUGAAUGAGUUUUUAACUUGUUGCAAAGAAAUCUUUGUGUUUUGUUAAAAUAAAACAGUUGCAUGCUUACGUCGUUUUACCGGGAAACAAUUUUUUUUUUGGCAGUGAUCAUGCUUCCCGGCUAAAGGGCGUAAGCAUUUAUGUCCUUCCAGGCACACGAUGAAUUAAUGAUCUGCAUUUUUCAAAGCAAGAGAAGCUAAACACUAAGCCUCUUAUGGACAGGAAUCACCUCUGACUCAACUUAAGUUGUUUUAUUUUUGUUGUUAUAAUUUUCAAAGUGGUGCAUGAAAUGGAUUAAAUACAAUGCAUAUAUACUGUGGUUCAGGAGAAAAUUUGAUAUGCUUACUGAAAAAAGUAUUUUCUGCACGAAAAGCACCUUAUUGAAUGUAGUGUCUAUCAGAUAGCGACUGAACAGUGACAUAUUCCAACUUCAAAUGAAUUUAUGGAAUCAAUCAAUAAGGAAUUCAUUUUCUUUAAUGAUUGACCCCCAAUAUGCCAUUCUUUUCUGGUAUGCACUUUACGCCAUUCGGUCUCACAAGGCAGUGCUCACCAGUGGCAUGUUCUGAGCUCCCAUGAGUUCCGCAGAGCACUGUCUCUUCACACUGACAGUCGUUUUACCUGCAGUAUGGAUAACGGGUCUCUCUAGAACCUACAUCUCUUCUUCUUUUUCUUUAUUAUUUAUUAAAAGACCAUUGGGUUACCUGGAAGUAUUUUUUUUAAUGAAUUUACUUAAUCAGAGGGUGUUACUCGGAGUAAAUGCAUAAUGUCAGUUUGAAGAAAUGUAAAUUUCACAAAGAAUAACAACGUUGCAGUCAAUAUUGUAUGCCUCCAGGUCAGAUGAAGAUUACAUUAUGUGUAGGUGACUCAUGUCAGUAGAACCAUAGGUGUUAUCAUGUUUUUUUGGGGGGAGGGGGGUAGUAUACCAUUAAUAAUUGGAAAAAGGUCAAUUCAAAGUUGUUUUCAAGUAAAUUGACAUUUUCUCUUUUCCUUUUUUUGUCAUUUUUACCUUUCAUUUUUUUUCUGGCCCCCUGCGAUGCCCAUGCAAAGAGCAAUCCUGUAAUAAUAUGUUGUUAAACAGGGUAAAUUGUAUCGUCCCACCCGUUUUGAUUUCUCGUAUUUUUGCUCGUUUUUCUAGCCUUCUUACAAUACAUUUCUGAAUAUAUAAAAGUUGCUUGGCUCACCCCAGCAACCUUGUUACCACGAGCCCACCAACCUUAUUACCAGGAGAUGCACGUUUCAAUUGAUGCUUGGUGCUUUGAUAACAUUCUCUAUUAUACCCCUGGAAACAGUUUUUCUUUCUGAAUGCGUCAAGGCCUCGACAACCACAAACUCUGUGCAGGAACUGUAGCCUUAAAAACUGUGAUCUCUCUUUUUUGUGUGUGUGACUUAUGCAGCCGUGCGUUAUUUAUUCUUGUCCGAGGAGGGUCCGAAGUUCAACUUAGUUCAAUCUAUAAACAAAAGGAAAAGUUGCACAGAUAGUAUACGGUAUACCCAAGAUGUGGGGUUUUUUUUAAGGGUACUAAGCCACAUACGGGUCUAUGAAUGUUAAAUGCGCUGUUCUUACUUGUUUUGCAACUGCCUUUGGUGCGUAUUAAAAAAAUCGUGAGGUCUUGACUCACGAAUACUUUUUUGUUAGCA